GGCCGCGGUUCGCUUUAUGACGUGUCAGCACGUCGCGCGAGCGCGAGCCUGGCGCUGGCUCCGCAUGCGCGGUGGGCGGGAAGUGGCGGUGGUGGCGGCUCCCGCGCCUUUUCCGGUGCAGCCGCGACACAGCCGGCACCGGCGGCCAGGGACCAGAGCGGAGCAGAGAGGAGCGGCCGGGACACAGCCGGCACCAGGGCGCAGCAGAGCGGGGCACGGCACGGCACAGCACAGCGGGCGGAGAGGAGAAGACACAGCCGGGCGGCCACACUGUGACCAGACGGAGCUCUAGGGGCCGGACACACCCGGCGGACCCGCGUCCAUGAGCGCGGCGGCGGCACCGGGGCCGUGGUGACCAGAGGUCGGACGGGGCAGCUGCAGCUGCAGCGGAGCGGCGGCUGGAAACUCCGAGGCCUCGACCUCCAGUGAGUGAGAGACUGAUCCCAGAGCCCCGGGGCCUCGGCCUGUCGCCGCCGCCGCCCCAGGCCGCCCAUGCCCGGGCCGGACCAUGGGCAAGGUGCUGUCCAAGAUCUUCGGCAACAAGGAGAUGCGCAUCCUGAUGCUGGGGCUGGACGCGGCCGGUAAGACGACCAUCCUGUACAAGCUGAAGCUGGGCCAGUCCGUCACCACCAUCCCCACGGUGGGCUUCAACGUGGAGACGGUCACCUACAAGAACGUCAAGUUCAACGUGUGGGACGUGGGCGGGCAGGACAAGAUCCGCCCGCUGUGGCGGCACUACUACACGGGCACGCAGGGGCUCAUCUUCGUGGUGGACUGCGCCGACAGGGACCGCAUCGACGAGGCGCGGCAGGAGCUGCUGCGGAUCAUCAACGACCGGGAGAUGCGCGACGCCAUCAUCCUCAUCUUCGCCAACAAGCAGGACCUUGGCGACGCCAUGAAGCCGCACGAAAUCCAGGAGAAACUGGGCCUGACCCGAAUCCGCGACAGGAACUGGUAUGUGCAGCCGUCCUGCGCCACCUCUGGGGACGGACUCUUCGAGGGCCUGACGUGGCUCACCUCCAAUUACAAGUCCAAAUAGUAGUCUCUCAAAACUGGCCAAACUGUGUACCGAGAGCUGAGAUCCUGGCCCGUUUACUAAUCAUCUUUGAUUUUCUUUGACAUUUGUUGGCUUUGCUUUAGUUCAGCGCAUUUUUAACUUCCUAAUCUUGAGAACGAGAACGCAAUGUUAAGUACUUGCAAAGGUUUUUAUUUAAACCGUUUGCCAUGAUUUGAAAUAACUUCCUCUUUCUGUAUUAUGGUUCGAUUUUGGGUUUUUCCUGCACUUGAAACUGUUUAGACUUCCCUUUUUAAUAGCUUGCAGUACAUCGCUGGUUUUACAUUAAUGGAAAAUUGUCUGAUCUAUAUUUCAAUUAGUAAACAUGAAAAUUUAUUUGAACAAACUAGUCACUGUAUAAUUUGUCUUUUUUUUUUCUCUAAUCAUAAAUGAUUUAGAACCCUGUCAUUUAUAAAUUUGAAUGUGGAGGUUUUGAGUAAAAUGUUUCAUUUAUAUGCUGAGUAGGGAUUAAACAUAUGGAUUACUUGCAU